AAAGUUUACAAUCAAAACUUUGCAUGCUUGUUUUGUUCCAUCAUCUUUAUAAAUAGAAGGUUUAAUUUUUCUGUGUUCAUUAUCACAUGAUCACAGUCAUUCAUUUUUAGAAGCUUUCAAAGACAUGGAGAAAAAGAUAGUAGUGAAAUAUAAAGAGUGUCUCAAGAACCAUGCAGCUACAAUUGGUGGCAAUGCAAUUGAUGGAUGUGGUGAAUUCAUGCCAAGUGGAGAAAAUGACACACUUGAAGCUCUCAAAUGUUGUGCUUGCAAUUGCCAUAGAAACUUCCACAGAAAAGAAAUAGAGUCUGAUUUCAAUAGCCCUUCUCAACAUUAUGCUAAUCUUUCACUGAUUCCUGAUCAUAACAUUAAUGCACCUUUCUUGGCUCAUUUUUCUCCAAACAACAAAAGUGAAUCAACUAGUCCUUCUGAUCAGUCUUAUUAUGAGAAAGAUUUUAUUAAGGAUGUGGAAAAUCGAACCGAAAAGAUGAUACUUAAGAAGAGGUCUAGAACUAAGUUCAGUAAAGAACAGAAGGAGAAGAUGUUGUGCUUUGCAGAAAAGGCAGAGUGGAGGAUUCAGAAGCUAGAGGAAUCUGUGGUGCAGAAGUUUUGUCAAGAGAUUGGAAUCAAAAGAAGAAUCCUCAAAGUGUGGAUGCAUAAUAACAAGAACACUUUUGCCAAGAGAAAUCUUUCUACAAGCUAGAUAUAAUGUAGAAUGAGGUCCUAAUUUUUUUAUUUUUUUUUUAUUUUGUUUCAUUUAUUUUACUUUGAAGGGAUUUAUGUAUUUGAAUAUUUUUGUUGGGUCAUGUGUUUGAUCAUUCUUUGUUUAAUUUUAGAGAGUAUGGUGUUAUAUGGUUUAGAGGAUUUGAUGUAUCCAACUUUAUGGUUACAAAA